AUGCAAUGCCCAUGCAAACCUAGACAAGUAUCUAAUACUUGUUUUCUAUAUGCAAUAAGGCGCCUAGGUGCAUUAGCCACAUUCUCUGCCCACGCCUGUGAAGGUUCACGCUCAUCCGGAAUCACACAGAAACUAGAUGAACGCCUUCACCCGGGCACUACAGUCCAUCGCGGUACCCGGUUCAUCCUUCCAUCUAUUGGCCUUACUGGCGCACCAUGCCAAUGUCUGGUUGGAUCCCAUAUCGUCAUAUGGUACCAUACUCGGCCAAGGCAGCUGACCAGGUUAUCCUCCGAGUCUUCCUCCCUUCAUGCACAGCCUCCACGCUGCCAAUCCGGUUGGGCUCUGACGUGCGAGAAUGCGCUUGACUACACCUUCCUAGACAACAUGUGGUGCUCUCUAGCUUUGGGAAUGGAAUGGUUUGGACUUGGGGUGGAGGAGCGUAUUUAUAGGAGUUCAGGAGGCUGCCUGGCUUCUUGGGACGUCUCCAGUCAUGCGCAGACACAUGGAGACCUAGCUCUUGAUCCAAUCCGUUUCUGCAUCUCUCCACUUGCUUCUCAUCCACUCCUGAAGCUUAUACUCUCUCUCAGUAGUUGGUGUUGCAUCCUGAUUCGUCCAAGUCAUUUCGUCUCCAUUUAUCACCUCAAUGUCUCGUCUGAUUGGUUUGGACGAUUCUUGUCUCUCAUGAGCAGCUGGGUGUCUCUCCCUGAUAGCAUUAGAUCUUCUUGGAGCUUAUCCACGCCCUCUCUCCUCUUUAGCAGCUGGUGUCGUUGCCCAAUUGGCUUAGGCUUGCUUCGUCUUCAUUCGCCGUCCGGUCGGCUCUUCCCAUGUUCGUACAAUGAUCGUCCCACCUGGACAAUCUUGUUGUAUCUUCAGUUCUGCUCGAUCGUUCUUGAUCCUGUCUUGAUCCAAGUCUUCGUUGUGAUCUCUGGAUUAGAUCCCACGUCUUUGUCUUCCAAUCCCAGAGUGUUGAUCUUCCCAUCCCGGCCUUUGGGAUGUUUUAGGUAUCCACAACAACAAAGACCUCCUUACCAAUCUCAAGGAAGUCAGUUUCAGCCAAGGCAAGGAUAUGAGCAGAGAUCAUCAUAUCCACCUAAGGAGCCUUAUGCUUCUUCACCAAAUCAAGCUCCUCCAAACCAACAAGGUGGGAGAUUUGAAGGAAUCCUCCAACAGAUCAUGGAUGGCCAGAAGAGAAACACUAAAGAGAUGUAUGAGAAGAUGGACACUUUGUUCAGCAAUCUCAACACCAAGUAUGAUGCUGUUGCCACUCAUGUGAAGAAACUAGAGACUCAAGUCACACAAACUAUGGAAGCUGUUAAGAGACAGGAAGCUGAAUCCAAGAAGUCCUUUUGCAACUCAGCCGCCAUAGAAGAAAGAUUUGAAGACCAAGUUCCAGAAUGGAUGCUUUCAAAACCUACUGUUGAUUGCAUGAUUUGGCCUGAAGAGAAUUACCCAGAGAGAGAGUCCAAUCGAGCUAGAAAGAGAAGACUCUUCCCAAAGAUUAUCCCCAAGACAGAUAACUCAGGAAAGUUUGUUGUGCCUUGUAUCAUCAAAGGUAACAUUCUUGAGCAAUCUUUGUGUGACACAGGAGCCAAUGAGGAUAGCUGA